AUGGCGAUCGGCAUCUUGCCAGCUGUGGCUUGCCCGUCUACCGCUACCGCGCCUUCAGAUACAGUCGCAGUCGCAGAGAGGCUUGGCUUCGCUCAGACGUCAUUCGUGCCUUGCUGGCGCGUGCGGUGCCAUGCUUUCCUGCGGUUCUCUACGUUUAUCGUCUUUGUCGGUGCGAUUGCCGUGGUGGCGGUGGGUGCAGCCGAGCCGAGUGUCGUCGUUGACGGCACCGCGCUCGUCUUUCGACUGCCUCGCUUCCUCUACGGGCGCGGGGACGCUGGUUUGGGGCGCCUCUCUGGCACUAUCUUUGAUGCCAGUGCGGACCCAGACCGAUGCAUUCUGCUUCAGUUCCUCGCGCGCUGUCUUGCAACCAUCUUCAGCCCAUCGACGGCCAGCACCCAGUGUCUGAUUGACCCGCCGGCUGUGCGUCAGCAGCGGCUUCAGACGGUAUGGACUGCUGUGGUCAGCGGGAUGGUCGCCGUGGUUUGCCUUGCGGAUCUAUAUGAAAUAUGCUCUGGAUCCGCGCUCUGCUCGGUGCAGGGUGGUGAACCGCGAGCGUACUACUCGUAG